AAACAGAGGGUAAAGUAGCUGCUCUUCCUUGCCCAAUGGGACAUUCCAGUUUCACGUAGAAGGGGUUGCGCGCAGACAAUUCUGUUUUGGAACCAUUUGGUCAUUUUUGGUUAGAAGCGCCGAUGGCUCCCCAAUAUGCACAGAGUCUCCGCUUUCGUCUGCUGCCUCUGCUCUUUUUUCUGCAGACGGGAUUCAUCGUAGUAUUUCGUUAUGUUGAAAUUGAACAAAAUGUACAAACUAAACAACAUGCAUUCACCAACUAUUACGCAGAAUUUCAGGAUGUUCAUGUGAUGGUGAUUCUGGGUUUUGGCUUUCUGGCCACAUUCCUGGUGCGGUACAGCUUCAGUGGAGCAGGAUUUACCCUCCUAGUGGCAGCCAUGGCUGUCCAGUGGGCAGUUAUCCUGAACGGUGUUGAGUCUAUGUAUCACAKAGGAAAGAUCGGGAUAAAUAUGAGAAGCUUGGUUGUUGCAGAGAUGUGCACAGCUUCCUCCCUCAUUGCCAUAGGUGCUGUCCUUGGGAAGACCAACCCUGUCCAUCUCCUUCUUAUUGCCCUGUUGGAGAUAUCUGGAUUUGUGCUGAAUGGCUGGCUACUCCAGACAUUCCUAAAGGUGCAKUUUCUGAAUACCAUCAUGCUGCUCCACAUCUUUGGGGCCUUCUUUGGACUGAUGUUAUCAUGGGUCCUGUACAGACAGGGAUCCGAGCAACAGCAUGAGAAAGAGAAAAUUGACCGCAAGACCGGUCUGUUCUCUGUAAUGGGGACUCUGUUCCUGUGGAUGUUCUGGCCCAGUUUUAACUCUGUGCUGGUAGAGGUUGAUCAUCUUGACAGGGGGAGGAACCUGAGAGCUGUCUACAGCACCUACCUGGCCCUGGCAGUCAGUGCCGUCACAGCUGCUGGUUUCUCUGUCCUCACUAGUCCCCAAGGGAAACUCAACCUGUUUCAUAUUCAGAGAUGUACUUUUGCUGGUGGUGUUGCUAUUGGGGUUGCUAUGUCAGCUGUUCAUUUGCCGUGGGUAGCUAUGGCGAUUGGAUUUGCUGCUGCACUGAUAUCAACCUUGGGAUCCCGAUACAUUAAGCCCCUCAUGCUGUUUGCGUUUGAGUGUCAUGACACCUGCGGAGUCCUUAGUGUCCAUGGUCUGCCUGGAAUCCUGGGGUGGAUGGUUCAACUUCUCCUACAGAUUGCUGACUCUGAUGAUCUCACAACGGCCGUCCGAUUUGCUGUGUUCCACAUUUGCACGCUCCUCAUCACCCUGAGCCUGAGCAUGAUUCUGGGACUCAUCACAGGUUUUCUUCUGAAAUGUGAUUUCUGGAGGCCACCCCAGAACAAGAAAUGCUUUGAUGACCAGGCCUUCUGGGAGUUUCCCCACCUAGCAGGGAAAAGGUGAGAGGUUGGAAAAGAAAAAAGGAACAAGUGUUGAGUGUCAGGAGAGCAAUGAACCAAUGCAUCAUUUCAACCAUACAAUAUUCCCAUGCAUCUUCAGCUUAUUACAUUUUUCAAAAUGUGUAGUAUGUGAAAACUGCACUGGAAUAUGUGAUUGUGAUUAUUUUGUGUUAGUCAAACUUUAAAUAUUAGCCAAGAGAAGAGAGAAACUGGCCUGUGAGAGCUGCGAAUAAAGACUUGUCAUCUCGUA